AUGAAAGGCAUUGGAAUAAGAGCUUUACUCAUCUCUGAAGCGGGGCACCACUACCCCGUCAUGGCUCAGCUUUGUUUCUAUUGUACCAACAACAUGGCCGAAUAUGAAGUGUGCAUUUUGGGAUUAAGGUUGUCUGUGGACAUGGGAGUCCAGGAAGUGCUGGUUUUGGGAGAUUCAGAUCUGUUAGUUCAUCAGAUCCAGGGAGAAUGGGAGACCCGAGAUUUGAAACUCAUACCGUAUCAUCAAUGUCUGCAGAAUCUCUAUCAGCGGUUCAGACUAGUGGAGUUCCGGCAUAUCCCUAGGAUCCACAAUGAGGUUGCUGACACUUUGGCUACUCUGUCGUUGAUGUGCCCACCUGAAGAACCAGGGAGGACAACACGAGUUUCAAGAAUAGAAAGCAGCUCAAGUUUUAGGGAAGACAAUACAAGUUCAAAGGAAAGCGGGUCAAGCUCAGCAAUCAGGCGCCCACCUGGAGAACAAGAGAGAACAACUGAAGUUUCAAAGGAGAACGAUGCGAGUUCAACAAUCAGGCGCCCACCUGGAGAGCAAGAGAAAAUGGUGCAAGUUUCUAAGGAAAACAAUUCCAAGUAG